AUGAGGGCGAUCUUCUACACUGGCGAGCGCGGACGGUUUGAGCUGGACAUCGCGGUGCCGAAGAACUACCCCCUGCGGCCGCCCAAGAUCUACUUCAUCACUAAGAUCUUCCACCCCAACAUCCACUUCAAGACUGGCGAGAUUUGCCUGGACCUGCGUUCUGUCCCACCACAGCUCAAGAACGCCUGGUCGGCCGUGUACACCCUGCAGUCCGUGUGCCGAUCCAUCAUCGCCCUCCUCUCGCACCCAGAGCCCGACUCGCCCCUCAACUGCGACUGUGGCAAUCUUUUGCGAAGCGGGGAUGUGCGGGGCUACAACUCGCUGGCGCGGAUGUACACCAAGCUCUACGCGCACGCCCUUCCGCCCUCCCUGACCGGCGAGUGA